AACCACAAGUAAAAACCGGGUUACCGACGUACAUACAUGUACGCUAUGGUGUUAAAUAUCUCUAAUCUGCGGUGAUAACGCAUCGGAACUUCCGUGUUUCAAAAUUUAAAGUUUGUGUUUUUAUAUUUGUCGUCAAAGCUUUGUGUAUAUACGAGGACGCAUGCUGGUCGGAUCAACGCUGGUGUAACGUGUGGAUAAGUUACUCACAAUUCAAAGUGGAGAUUUCCCCUCUUAUCCGAGACAUCCCGACCAUUCACAUUGUCAGUCGUAUGUCGUGAGUUGGACUCAGUAAUGAUGCAGGUCCGACCCUUCACUCGGUGAAAUACACGCGUCCUUACUUUUUUCGCAGACCUUGCAAGACACUCAUUUGAAAAAAAGAUGCAUGAUACACACAGUUAUUGGCAUUCUCAAAGGAAAAGUAGAAGGUCCGACGUUUUCAAUGGCAUCCUUGCUGCUCACAUAUUUCCAUCGCUCGCCGACGUGCUUACGGAGCCUCUGGGAGGACCGGACGACUUUGGGCCUUUAGACCUAUCUCUAAGGAACAUGGAGGAGACCUCGCCAGAUGUGUACCCAAGAGGGCUAGCAGAGGAAGACUUCCUCAAUCCAAAUGCCUUGGAAAAUGAAAAUGAUGGCUUUAAUGGAGGAAACGAAACUGAUAUUCAAGAACUGUCAUCGCCCGGGGAUCUGUUGAUACCUUUACCUAUGUGGUCGGAUAGCGAGGAAGUAGAUCCGCACGACGAUCAAUGUGAGGUUGGACUUAUUGAGUAUGAGAUUAUGGCAUCUGUGGACAAUACAGAACCACCCUGUUACCCUCACAGUCCAGGAUCUGUCGGGGAUAUGUCCGAUUACAGUUCAGACUGCAGUGUGGAACCAGGACUUGAGACGUGCACACCACAUGCAAUGAUUGAAUUGGGAAAAAUUGACGUUCGCUCGAACAUGCAGAACGCCAUCGUUCCUAAGGUGAAGAUCGAGCCCCAGAAUCUGCCGGACGAUUCCGUAUUCAAGCCGUAUUACUGUAACAGUGGAUACGAGGAAAGCGACAGCAAACUAGGGGUGAUGGAUUUAGGGCAAACAUAUGACGAGGAAGAUUCAAGCAGUGAUAACUCCAUCAAAUCUUCAGACAAACAGAAACGGAAACGCCCUGGCAGGAAGAAAGGACAAACUUCUAGUGUUUAUCAUUUGUGGGAAUUCAUCCGGGACCUUCUUCAGAAUCCAGAACACUGUCCAAAGAUUAUUAAAUGGGAAGAUGAAGAUGAGGGUAUAUUCCGUGUCCUGAAAUCAACAGAGGUUGCAAAUGAAUGGGGGUCAAUGAAAAAGAACAAGACGAAAAUGACAUAUGAAAAAUUGAGCAGAUCUUUGAGAUACUCUCGGAAGGAAGGCUACUUUGACGACAUACCAAAAGAUAGAGGCUUGCCGAAGAAGCUGUGUUUCAAGUUUGGUCCAAAGUCGCACGGCUGGCGAAGGAACACGUGAUCAUUUGUGUAAGAUUUUGCCACAAAAGUGCCGACAUCUAUGUCAUAUAGUCCUUUAUUGACAAGUUUUAUUAACAAAUAAUCUUGACGUGCUAGGGUUGGUGUUUGGUCCUAUGGUGAAUGUUGACUAAACGGCGUCCGAAGGUUAAACAAAUGAUUCAAGGCGUGUUCUGACAAUUAUGGACCUGUCUUGGAACAUCCGGGUUAACACAGGUAUUUCUGGGGCUUUAGAGGCAGGGGGACUUUCAACAAGCAUUCCGGUGCCUUAGAUCCAUAUGUACAAUGUACCUUCAACAAAGAUCCCGGUCCCUUAGAGUCAUAUGUACCUUCAACAAACAUUCCGGUUCCUUAGAUACAUAUGUACCUUGAACAAACAUUCCGGUGCCUGAGAGACAUAUAUACCUUCAACAAACAUUCCGGCGCCUGAGAGACAUAUAUACCUUCAACAAACAUUCCGGUGCCAUAGAGACAUAUGUACCUCAACAAACAUUCCGGUGCCAUAGAGACAUAUGUACCUCAACAAACAUUCCGGCGCCUUAGAUACAUAUGUACAAUGUCCCUUCAACAAACAUUCCGGUGCCUUAGCUACAUAUGUACCUUCAACAAACAUUCUGGUGCCUUAGAGACAUAUGUACCUCAACAAACAUUCCGGUGCCUUAGAGACAUAUGUACCUUCAACAAACAUUCCGGUUCCUUAGAUACAUAUGUACCUUCAACAAACAUUCCGGUGCCUUAGAGACAUAUGUACCUCAACAAACAUUCCGGUGCCUUAGAGACAAAUGUACCUUCAACAAACAUUCCGGUUCCUUAGAUACAUAUGUACCAUAAUCAAGCAUUACGUUGCCAUAGAAACAUGUGUAUGAUUGAGUUUGAAAUCAUUCUUAUGGAAAUUUGUGAAAAGGUGUGUUAAACUGCAUGAAAAUAACUUUGUCAAGUAUUUCUACUGAAUAUGUUUAUAGCAUUAACCAUGUCGUACUGAAAGCUGAUUCAGGUAAUGGCAGAUUUUGAAUGACUGACAGGGGGAGUGAGAGAGAGUGAGUGAGGUAUGGCAGCAUUGACGACUGUAAGAUUGAGUGUGAUAGACAAUGUGUGUGUGUGUAUACUUACGUCAUAUAUAGGUAAUUAAUCUAUUUGUCUGAAAGCUUUUCAUUAUCACUAAAUCAAAACCCUAAAGGGAGAAAAUGAAAAAAUAUUGUGUGUGUGUGUAUUUUAUAAAUACACAUGUGUCACCAAAUAUAAUCGUAAGAACCACCAUAGUAUUAUCUAAAGUGAGUGAUUAACAUUUGGAUCGUUUUGCAAUAAAAUAAAUGUUAUCACAACACUACUACGUACACAGUACGUAAACAGCUGUAUAACGGUCUCAGUAACUAGGUAUUCUGAUGGAAUGACGGCCAUUCUUAUCAUACAUUACAAAGUACAUGCCAGAAAGUAAUACUAUUAACAAAAAUUGUUCAUUUUGUGUUGUAGAUAUUGUCUUGCUGUUUUAUCAUACUAAUGUAUUGUAUUACAUACUUACUGAUAUAUCCAGAUUAAUUGUUCGUAGGUUUAUUUUGUCAAUAUCCGUUUUGCCCACUGACAGUCGGUUGCUUUUUAUCCGUAUCGGACCACAUUCAAAACAGCUCUCAAUUGUCUUAUCAAAUAUAUUCAGAUGACAAAUGAAACCUUGAACAGACAACAGCUACAGUAGACGGUAACAUCAUUUUAAAAUCGGAUGGCGCUGAGUUAUCUAUUUCUUGUUUUAGCGAAAAAGAAUAACGUUAAAGAUAUUGACACUUCGAACAUAUUCAUCUGGCAACUUGUAAGUAUGUAUGCAAUACACAAAAUAAUAUUUGAUUAUCUAUAACUCACCGUGUAUCAACCCUCGAUCCAUAAUAGCCCUCCAGGCGUUCAGCCCUUGGACUAGUACGAUUGUAUAUAAAGAGUGCUAUAUAGGAAAAUGUAUGCAUUAUUCUCCAUAGACUGUACGUACAUUCAAUGUAGUACUAUCUUCAAUUACAUCUGUAAUUCGUUGUAAAUAAUAAUGUAUUGUCAUGUUGAUAGAUUAGGCUGUAAGUAUAUAGUACUAGUUGUUGAUAUAUUAGGCUGUAAGUACAUAGUACUUGUUGUUAAAAUGAAAGAUGGAGUCUUAAUGUUAUAUUUGUAUGGUUAAAAUAAUGUCAUUAAUUAUGCUAAUGAAGUCAACUAUUAUAUUCAUUUUUAAAACAAGGACUUCAUUAAUGUUUUACAUUUUUUUAAAAUCAAAGAUACUUUACACUUGCUCAUAUGAGCCCUAACUUAAAACAAAUAAAUCCAUAUGACCGAU